AAAAAAAGUCCACAUUGAUAGCAUAUUACGAUAGCUCAUUUUACCAAACUGCUGUUGUUUGUGUGUAAAAAAAAUCGUAACUCUAUAAUAGCAUUAUAUUAACGCUAUGGAAAAGUUUUACUAAGCGGGAAGCUAAAUGUGAUUUUCCGCGUGACACUUAGCGAAAAUCAGAAAAUUUCCCUCUCUCUCAUCUCUCAUUUCCCUCUCAUAUCUCAUUUACCUCUCUCAUCUCUCUUAUUUCCCCUCUUUUCUCUUAGAACCCUAGGAAAAAUCGAUUUCGAUUCAACAACUUAGAAACCCUAAUUACCUUAUUCCAACCACAAAUUCAUCUGACUUUUCCAUCACAUAAGGUAUCCUUGCUUCAAUUGCGAGGUCUUACUCGAUUUCGAGCUCUAAUCGUUUUCGAUUUUGCCUUGCUUUGGUUUCGUUUUCGAUUUUCUGUUAACACUUGUUCUUGAAUCUUUCUCUUUCGGGUUUAUCUCGUGUUUGCUUCCUGUUUCGUAGCUGUAUCGUUUCUUAUUAAGAGUCUACUGUUUCGGUUUUGUAAUAGCUUGAAAUCGUGUUUUUUUUUUCUGUUUCGUAGCUUGGGUCGUUUCCAGAUUAAGAGUCUAGGGUUGCGAUUUGCUUUCGUAUCAUAGAUAGAAUGUAACUAUUUGUUUUGUGUUAUCUCGUUUCAUUUUGAUUUGUUUUACUAUGAACUGGUUCUUUAUGUUACUAAAGGUUUCAAUUCAGGAUAGAAAAUAGAAUGGUGGACAAAGCAUGGGUGCAUCUUAGCAGGGUUGAUCCUGCUUAUGAGAGAGGGGCUUCAAAGUUUGUAGAGGAUGUGGCUGCAGCUUCGGGAGGCAAUGAUAUGAUUGUCUGUCCUUGCAUCGACUGCCGAAACAUAGAUCGUCACUCAGCAACUGUGGUAGUUGACCAUCUCGUUACUAGGGGAAUGGAGGAGGCUUAUAAGAAGCGGUCUGAUUGGUAUCUACAUGGAGACUUGAACUCAGGGGUUGCUGAUGAUGGGAGCGUGCAUCAAUGGAAUGAUGAGAUCUUGGGGUUAUACAGAGCUGCUGAGUGUUUUGAUGAAGUGUUAGCUGGUUCCGGGGAUUUGACUGAGAUGGCAGAGGGAGACGACAAGAAGGAAGAUGAGUUUUUGGCAAAGCUAGCUGAUGCUGAGACACCUUUGUAUCCGAGUUGUGCAAGCCAUAGCAAGUUAUCGGCCAUUGUAUCAUUGUUUAGAUUGAAGACUCAGAAUGGGUGGUCAGACAAGAGCUUCAAUGAUCUGCUUGAGACGUUGCCGGAUAUGCUACCAGAGGAAAACGUCCUACACUCUUCACUGUAUGAGGUUAAAAAAUUUUUGAAGACAUUUGAUAUGGGGUACGAGAAGAUUCAUGCAUGUGUGAACGACUGCUGCCUGUUCAGAAAGAGGUUUAAGAAGCUUGAGCACUGUCCGAAAUGUAAGGCUUCAAGAUGGAAGACCAAUGUCCACACUGGUGAAAAGAAGAAAGGAGUCCCACAGAAAGUGUUGCGGUAUUUUCCAAUAAUCCCGAGAUUGAAGAGAAUGUACCGGUCAGAGGAAAUGGCUAAGGAUCUCAGAUGGCACUUCAGCAACAAAAGCACUGAUGGGAAGCUUCGACACCCAGUUGAUUCAGUCACAUGGGACCAGAUGAAUGCCAAAUACCCUACAUUUGCCGCAGAAGAGAGGAACAUACGGCUUGGACUUUCAACAGACGGAUUUAAUCCAUUCAAUAUGAAGAACACGAUGUACAGUUGCUGGCCAGUUCUCUUAGUCAACUACAACUUGCCACCUGAUCUUUGCAUGAAGAAGGAGAACAUCAUGCUUUCACUGUUGAUUCCCGGUCCACAACAGCCUGGUAAUAGUUUAGAUGUGUACUUAGAACCUCUCAUUGAGGAUCUAAACCAUCUGUGGAGCAUUGGAGAGUUAGUUUAUGAUGCUGUGACUCGGUCAACAUUUACUUUGAGGGCGAUGCUGCUUUGGACGAUCAGUGAUUUCCCGGCUUAUGGGAAUCUAGCAGGCUGCAAAGUAAAGGGAAGAAUGGGGUGUCCUUUAUGUGGGAAGAAUACUGAUAGUAUGUGGCUCAAGUUCAGCAGAAAACAUGUGUACAUGUGCCACAGAAAGGGUUUGCCACCAGCCCAUAGAUUUCGGGGAAAGAAGAGAUGGUUCGAUGGAAAAGCUGAACAAGGGAGAAAGGGGAGAAUUUUAACUGGGCGUGAGAUUUCUCAAAACCUGAGACAUUUCAAAAAUGAGUUUGGCAAUGUCAAACGUUCUACAAGUAAGAGGAAAAGGGUGAUCAGUACAGAUAGAGGAUCUGAUAGUGAGGGUUUAUCCAGUGAAUCAGAGGAAGAGGAUGAGGAAGAUGAAGAAGUCAACGUAGAUGAGGAUGAGUUAUCUAGAUGGAAGAAGAGAUCAAUUUUUUUCAAGCUACCUUACUGGGCGGAACUCCCGGUGAGGCACAACUUAGAUGUAAUGCAUGUUGAGAGGAAUGUGGCUGCUAGUAUUGUGUCGACAUUGUUGCACUGUGGGAAAUCAAAGGAUGGUCUUCCUGCUCGUAAAGAUCUGGAGGAUCUUGGUAUUAGGCAGGAUUUGCACCCUAAAAUCCAAGGAAAGAGAACAUACCUUCCUCCUGCGCCGUGGUCUUUGUCCAAGUCAGAGAAGAAGGUAUUUUGCAGGCGCUUAUUUGAUUUCAAAGGGCCAGAUGGUUAUUGUUCAAACAUAGCUAGAGGUGUUUCACUAGAUGACUGUAAAGUCACAGGGCUGAAGUCACAUGACUAUCAUGUCUUAAUGCAGCAACUUCUUCCUAUCGCUCUUAAAGGGUUGCUGCCUAAAGGACCUAGGCUAGCAAUUACAAGGCUAUGUUCAUUCUUCAAUCUGUUGUGUUAG